AUCCCCCAUAGUGGCCCAGCUCUGGAGGUUGUUUUAAGUCUGGGCCUGGCAGGAUGGGAAGGGACAGGGCUACAUGGUAGUUAACAGAGGACUUUGGAGUCUUUCCAUGGUGCACCUGCUCCAUGACCUUGGGCAAGAAGGCUUUGAGCCUCCCUGUGCCUCAGUUUCCCCCCCCCCCCCCCCCCGGUAAAGGGAGAGGGGGGCUGGUAAGAGAAUUAGAUGAGGUGAUGCAGGCCUCUCACUGGCCAGGCACACCCAGGGCAGAGAUCGGGACACCCGGGUGAGGCUGGCAGUGCCUUCUGCCCCCAAGCAACCACAGCUUCUCUGACUGUCCCACUUGUCUCCUGGACCCGUUUGAGGACGCACUGUCUGGCUGGGUGAGUGUGUUCGAGCUGUUGGCCCUGCCUCGUGCUGGGUGGAAGCACAUCCCACGGCUGUCACCUGGGACACCUCAGAUCCGGGAGCUAGGGACCCCGACCGUCAUGUUAAGGUAAAGCAGAGAGGCUCAGUGCUGAACAUGCUAAGGAGGCUGGACAAAAUCAGGUUCAGAGGUCACAAGAGAGAUGACUUCCUCGAUCUAGCAGAGUCUCCAAAUGCCUCGGACACUGAAUGCGGAGAUGAAGUUCCCCUGAGAAUACCUCGGACCUCGCCCCGGGACAGUGAGGAGCUGAGGGACCCUGCUGGUCCGGGGACCCUCAUCAUGGCUGCAGGAGUCCAGGACUUUAACCGGACAGAGUUUGACCGAUUAAAUGAGAUCAAAGGUCACCUGGAGAUCGCCUUAUUGGAAAAGCACUUCUUACAGGAGGAGCUCCGCAAGCUGAGGGAAGAAACCAACUCGGAGAUGCUUCGGCAGGAGCUGGACCGGGAGCGGCAGCGGCGGAUGGAGCUGGAACAGAAGGUCCAGGAGGUGCUGAAGGCCAGAACCGAGGAGCAGACGGCUCAGCAGCCUCCGAAGGGGCAGGCCCAGGUCAAUAACGGAGCAGACCGGCGGAGCCAGGGGCUGUGCCCCCGUGUCCAGAAGUGGUUCUACGAGAAGUUUGGGGAGUACGUGGAGGACUUCCGGUUCCAGCCCGAGGAGAGCACGGUGGAGACGGAGGAGCCCCUCAGCGCCCGGAGGUUGACGGAAAACAUGAGGCGACUAAAGCGUGGUGCCAAACCCGUCACCAGCUUCGUGAAGAACCUCUCUGCCUUAUCGGACUGGUACUCCGUCUACACGUCCGCCAUCGCCUUCACCGUAUACAUGAAUGCCGUGUGGCAUGGCUGGGCCAUCCCCAUGUUCUUAUUUCUAGCAAUUCUGAGGUUAUCCCUCAAUUACCUCAUAGCCAGGGGCUGGAGGAUACAGUGGAGCAUCGUGCCUGAAGUGUCUGAGCCCGUGGAGCCUCCAAAGGAGGACCUGACUGUGUCUGAGAAGUUCCAGCUCGUCCUGGAUGUCGCCCAGAAAGCCCAGAACCUCUUUGGCAAGAUGGCCGACAUCCUGGAAAAGAUCAAGAACCUGUUCAUGUGGGUCCAGCCUGAGAUCACGCAGAAGCUGUACGUCGCUCUGUGGGCCGCCUUCCUCGCCUCCUGCUUCUUCCCCUACCGCCUGGUGGGACUGGCCCUGGGACUCUACGCCGGGAUCAAGUUUUUCCUCAUCGAUUUUAUCUUCAAACGCUGCCCGAGACUGCGAGCCAAAUAUGACACCCCCUACAUCAUCUGGAGGAGCCUGCCCACCGACCCGCAGCUCAAGGAGCGUUCCAACGCCGCCGUGUCUCGCCGGCUGCAGACGGCCUCCUCGCGGAGCUACGUGUCCAGCGCGCCCGCUGGCCUGAGCAAGGAUGAGGACACUGGUCGCUUCCACGGUACCAAGAAAGGCAAUUUCCACGAGAUCUUUAACCUGACAGAGAACGAGCGGCCGCUGGCGGUGUGCGAGAACGGCUGGCGCUGCUGCUUGAUUAACCGGGACCGGAAGAUGCCCACAGACUACAUCCGCAACGGGGUCCUGUACGUGACGGAGAAUUACCUGUGCUUCGAAAGCUCCAAAUCCGGUUCUUCCAAGAGGAACAAAGUCAUCAAGCUGGUGGACAUCACAGACAUCCAGAAGUACAAGGUCCUCUCUGUCCUCCCGGGGUCAGGCAUGGGAAUUGCCGUGUCAACGCCAUCAACCCAGAAACCGCUGGUGUUUGGUGCCAUGGUGCAUAGAGACGAGGCCUUCGAGACCAUUUUCAGCCAGUACAUGAAGAUCACAGCAGCAGCCGCGUCUGGUAGUGACAGCUAGUGUCCGUUCUUCCGGGAUUCGCUGGAAGGCUUUUUGUUGUUGUUGCUGUUGUUGUUCUCUUUGGUUUCUUGUUUGUCGUUUGUUUUUUUAACGAUUUGAUGGUGGAAACACUUUGGACAUCCUCCUGAUCCUUUGCAAUAAUUCCCCUCGAUCUGUGGUUUCUGUUGUGUUUACCCUGCGUCUUACGGACCCUUCACGCAGGGGUUGGGGCCCGCAGACAGCGCCAGCCCAUCUGACGGGUGAGGCGUGUCCCACGACCGCGUGGACACGGAGGCAGGGGAUCAUCGGAGGCCCGUGGAACGGAGGACACGCAGGACGCGCCGGCCCCAGCCACCGCCGAGCGCAGCAGCUGUUUCUGAGCCCCCGCCUGGCCAGAGCCCCCGCGCCAGCCGCGCACCCAGCCCUCCGGAGGCUGAAGCUCUUCCACACCAGAAGCCAUAGCUAAGGAACAAGCACUCCCUCCUCCCCGGGGGUGAAGGACGUCGGUGACGAGCAGCUCAGAGGCCCCUUCACCGACCGCUGGAACG